AUGGAACGCGCGGUGCCUGUGGAGCGCUACUUCAUGGAGAAGAGCCGCCGGAAGAAGCCUGGCAAUGUCAAAGUGAUGGAGAACUACCUCCGUACCGAUGUGCAUUGCGCCCUGGAAGACUGUCGUCUCUGUCGGUCCAAUUCACCGCCCAUUGUUUGCCUGAACCCUCGCUCCACCGUCUUCAUUCCGGACACUGCGUUCUUGGUAGCGUACAUCGACCUCUUCAGCGAUGAAUCGUUCCAGGCGGACCAAACCCUGCUUCUCCAGUCCGUAUUGGAUCUUGCGGGGGACGAAGUAGGUACGCGGGAAGCUUCCCAGAUCGAAGCCUGGCUGGCGCGCGAAGACGACCAUGCGCUGUUGAAGUCGUUCGGGUACUUCCCCAACAAGCACAUGGCCGACACGUACGUCCCAACGCAAGUCUUCGAGCCUUCCGACGACGCAUCAUCGAAUGAACAUCGCGGCCUGGACGUCGAAUCGAUGGAGCAGCGCGCCCGCUGCCUUGUCGCCAACGCCGUAGCUUGGUACUCGACCCAUUCCCCGACGACAAAGUUCGUCGUACUUUCCGACGAUCCCUGUUUGGCUUCUAUGAUUCCUCCAUCUUCCCGCCAUGUGGACGUCCUUUCCUGCGCAGAUUUCAUCUACGCGUACUGUCCGUCGACGGCCCACAUCGACCUCCAUGCCGUCCGAGCCGAUUGUGCCGCCGCGUUCUCUUCCCGACGAGCGUCCCCCCAAGGGUUUGCCAGACACGAGUCGGACCCGUCAUCGUGCGCCUUCCAAGGGCUUCUGGACGUGAGCUCCCACCACCCCCUGGAAGCGUUUGUCAAGGUGACGACACAUGGCGAGUCUCAAUCCAUCUACAUCUACGGCCGCGACGCCAUGAACCGAGCGAUUCACGGGGACAUCGUGGCCGUGCAACUGCUGCCGGAAGCCGACUGGCUCGUUCCAGAGAGCGCCACGAGCCUCGUCCACCACGUCGCGCCCCUCGACGACGACCAACUCAAGAAGAAACCCGCUCCGUCGUCGACAUCAUCGUCGGUGGCGGCCGUUCCCACCGGUCGUGUGGUUGGCAUCGUCUCCCGCCCAGACCAUGUUUUUGUCGCGACCAUUCUGUCGACGUCGGUGAGCCCAGGCGACGAUUAUGCGCUGGCCGUGCCCAUGGACAUUCGCAUUCCCAAGAUCCGCCUGCGCUCUCAAAAUGCCAUCGCGCUAGUUGACCAGCGCCUCACGGUGGUAGUGGACACAUGGGCGAUAGAUUCAACGUACCCAUCGGGUCAUUAUGUGCAAAUCCUUGGCCCCGUGGGAGAUUUAGAGACGGAAAUCCAAGCGCUGCUGGUGCAGCAUGCCGUGCAUGCGCAUCCGUUCAGUGAGCCCGCGCUCGCGUGCCUUCCAGACGUCCGCGACGUGUCGGUGGACGUGCUCGCGGCUUGUGAUACGACCAAACGACCUCACAUUCCCCUCACCAACGAUUGGCACGUGCCCCCCGACGAAAUCGAUGGCCGACUCGACCUCCGCUCCACCCACCGCGUGUUCAGCGUAGAUCCGCCGGGGUGCCAAGAUAUUGACGACGCCAUGUCCAUCUCGCGUCUGCCCAAUGGCCACCUCCAGCUCGGCGUGCACAUUGCCGACGUCGGGUACUUCGUCUCGCCCGACUCAGCACUGGAUCUGGAGGCGCAGAACCGAGCUACGACCGUCUACUUGGUCGAUCGGCGCUACGACAUGCUGCCGGUGCUGCUGAGUGGCGACUUGUGCUCGAUCCACUGCGGGCGAGACCGGCUGGCGUUUAGUGUAUUUUGGGAACUCGACCCCGCGACGCUGGAGAUUGUGCCAGCUGCGACAACGUUUGCCAAGUCGAUUUUGCACUCGGCGGCCGCCAUGACGUACUACCAAGCGGAUCGGUUGAUGGACGGCUUGGCGGCGGACGACCCGGCCGCCGUUAACAGCGUGGGCACGGGCACCGCCGGGCAGCCGAUCGCGGCGGCGCUGCAGCCGGCGCUUCGGGAGGAUUUGCUCAUGUUGCGGGAGAUUGGCCGGGCGUUGUAUCGCAAACGAGCGGCGAGUGGCGCCGUCGACUUGUCGUCGGGCGGCGAGCUCAAGUUUUCAAAAGUGCCCGACGAUGUCCUGGAGGCAGACGGCGACGACGGCGGCAGAGGAAGAGGUGGGGGGUUCACCGUCACAACCAAGGCCGCGCUGGAGAUCCACUCGACGAUCGCGGAGCUCAUGAUUCUGGCCAACUCAACUGUGGCGGAGCGACUCGUGGCGGCAUUUCCACAGUCGGCCAUGCUGCGCCGCCACGUCCCACCGUCUGGCAAACGCUUCGACCAGCUCGUGGCACUUGCGUCCAGCCAGGGUCUUGUGCUGGACACGUCCACCAACAUGACACUGCAGCGGUCGCUCGACGCCGUCCAAGUUGACGACGACACGAUGGCGCUGCUCAAGUCCAUGGCCACUCGCGCCAUGUCGGAAGCCGAGUACAUUUGCGCCAGCGAAGCCACGGGCCACCGACUCCGCUUUGGCCAUUACGGGCUCGGGCUCGAGUUUUACACUCACUUUACAUCGCCCAUCCGACGGUAUGCCGACAUUGUAGUGCAUCGGCAACUGCAAGCAACCCUCCUCGAGACGUACCCCCAUCCCCCCCGUAUCUCGACGUUUCUGAAGCGAGGGCCCCAAGCCGCCCUGCCGGCAUCGCGCGUGCCGUCGGUGCUCUCGAUGCAUGCCGACACUUUGGCUUUGGUUGUAAACAAUGGCGACGACGCUAACUCGACCGACUGGUCGACUAGUACGACUAGUACGACUAGUAGUAGUACUAGGACAAGCGCGCCAGGGCUGACCUUACACGACAAGAAUACAGUGGCGAUGCUAGCAACAGACCGCCUCGUACCGCUGAGUCAACACAUGAAUCGGCAGAACCGCCACGCCAAGCGCGUCAGCCGCGCCUGCAACGACUUGUUUUUGGCGCUUUACUUCAAGUCACACGUGUCAAGUGUCCAUGCCGCCGUGGUCACGUCCGUCAAGCAAAAUGGCCUGCUCGUGUACUUGCCCGAGUUCGACGUGCGUGCCCCGGUGUACCUCAAGGACCGCGACGGCGACGUCCACCUGCACACGGCGAUGGUGCCCCGGGCGUGGCGUCCGGCGCUCCGGCCCGCCAAGUACGCGUUUGCGGCUCUCUCCGACAUGGCCAUGCUGCCAUCUGCGACACUGGCGCUCGCUCCAGACAGCAGUCGCCUCAGCAUCAUCGCACCGGACACCCAUACCACCAUAUCCACCUUUGUACCCCUGCAAGAGAUACAAGUGCAUGUGUCAUGUGACUUUUCGUCGGCGUCCGUACGCGUGCCCCAGCUGCGGCUGCUGCUCGUGGCGCCUCACAAAGGUCGGAAAGACAGCGGGUCCUCCGCCAAGACCGCUGUCCACCUCGAGCACGACAAGGGGGAUGUCGCGGAGCUCACCACCGCCGUCAACAGUAUGACCCUCGAGAGCCGCCGCCAACCAGUGACCCCCCCCCCAUCUAGUCUGUACCAGCGGAUAUUGAACUCAAGAACACUGUUGAUCGCCCCAACGAUAGAUCCCCCUGGGGGUGGGGGGAGGGGGGGGACCACGACGAAGCCAAAACAAGUCCAGAAACCAACUGCCGCCGUCCAGCGAGACAAGAAAGCCAUGGGGCGCAUCGUGUUUGGCGGGUUUGAGCCCGUCGUGGACAAAAAGUUCAACCGCCUCAUGACCGCACAUUACCAAGGCCGCAGCGCUGAAUUGGAGGCGGCCAUGACCAUCGAGCGCAGUGCCAUCAGCGGUGUCAUUGGCGACACCAAACACUUUGAAGCGGACGCAAGACGUCGGUCUGAUAAACUCAUGUCGGAACGGCGUCAUGACCGCAUCAACAAGCGCAACAAAGCCGCCGCCACAUGAGCAUGUAGUACCUACCUCUCAGCGUGUUGUUUGGUUCUCAAUAGACGAAUGCUGCUGUACUAGUGUUACGAUGGAUCAUCAUGUCAUUCAAAAU